AUGUAUUUCUUUGUAUGUUUUGCUGUGUUGCUUAUUUCUGUGUCCUGCAAUGCGCAGGUCAAAAAGGAAGAAGAGAAGAGCGCAGUUUGUGUAGUGCGGAAUAUGUACAUAAAAGUGGACGGUCAGUGUGAUGCCUAUGUAGAAUGUCUAGAUUAUCAAGCGAUGAACAUGCAUUGUCCGGAUGGUCUUCAUUACGACCCCGAAGCGAAAUGGCCUGCUUAUCCUUGCGGUUAUCCCCAGGACGUUCAAUGUGAUGGACGUGGUGUGAGCCAACCAGCUGUGUCGAAUGCUGACUGUCCCCAUCAGUAUGGAUACUACCCGUCUCCUUUAGCAUCCGCUAACGAUUGUGGACACUACCGGAUCUGCAAUGGUGGCAAGCCCGUUGAACUGUACUGCCCGGCAGGUCUAGCCUUCAACCCCGCCACUGCCCGGUGUGACUGGGCCGACAAUGUACCUUCGUGCAACGUUGAUGAAUACGUUGGUUAUAAAUGCCCUCCAGCAGCUCUAGACGAGGAAGGCAAGCCCAUAGAGACAAACCAUAAAUAUGAAACCGACUGCUAUGCAUUUUAUUCAUGUGUGAAUGGUUUGGCUCGCUUACUCUCCUGCGAUCCCGGAUAUGCCUUCAACGAGGAUACUGGCCGGUGCGAGGACGCCGAUAAAGUUGCCUGCACCCGUACUGCCGUUGUUCAA